CCGUCUCUUUAAAUUGAUAACUAAUCCCUUUAACACGGACGGAUUCUAUAUUAACGAUACCUUCGCGUUCCAACAAACCACAGUGAACGUCUCGUAAACAAUAAAUAUCUUAACUACCUCGACUGAUACAUUUCAAUGAAUUUAUUACUUUAUAUUCUGUGAAUGUCAAUAUGUCGGUGAUUCCUUGUCAAUGAGUACUUGUAAAAGAAUUACUUUUUAAUAGUACUGUUGUCGUGAUAUUGGCAGAAAGAGAAUAAAAUUAUUUUCGUACUCAUACUUCGAGUAUAGAUGUCACACUACAACAGAAACCCAGGUAGUCAGAGAUCUACGGUGAUCGAUUAUGAACGCCAAUUCCAAGAGGAUCUAGAACGUGCACAAGCAUUGAGUUUAGAGAGUCUUGCUCUAGAAAAAUUUAAGUUACAGAAAGAACGCUCUGAAUUUAGUAAUAUUCGACAGAAUAAUGUAGAUAGAGGAAAUAGUAUUGUACAUAGCGGCUCAUCGGAAACGGACAGUGUGCAGCAUAUUGAAAAAUUUCAGUAUAGAAGUCGACCGAGGCCAGGAGCCUUUAAUACCAAUCAAUCUAAAAAUGCUGUGAUAUUAGCACCACCGCCGAUUCCAUCUAGGCGAAAUUCAACGUCAGUUGCAGCAAGUCAGGAACAGUCCGAUGAUUUGAUUAAUUUUACCAGUCCAGUAAAACAAGAUACUCUAACUGAUUCACUUUGUUCGCCACCGCCUCCUCCUCCUUCAUCAAAACCAGUAAUAGAACCAAAAUGGGAAACUCAUCCAACAUUAUUGAAAAAACAAGCGAGAGUAGCACGUAGUAGUAGUUCUGCUGGUUAUCAUUCUAGAGACUUCCGAUAUCAGUCGCUUUCUCCAGGUCCUGGAUCUUCCACUGCUCCUUGCACACCUGGGACGCCAAAAAUUAGUCCCAUUAUGUCGAGAUCCAGUAGUAUUAACAGUAAUGUACCUGACAUAACGCCACAAAUACCUCCAUUGCCUAUGAAUUACAGACCGAGUGUUACUUCUGUGUGUAAUAUUCAAAAGCCUACAUUCUCUACAGACGACGAGCAGCUAAGCGUAUUAAAAGUGAUAGAAAAGAAACCAAAUAAUAAUCUUAUAGAUUUGAGUUCUUUCGAUCACGUUGAAGAUAAAACAAACGUUCGAGUUAGUGUGUUGGAAGCGUUCGAUCCAUUACUUGUUAAGACUGAAAAUCACGGUGAUGUACAACAAGGACAGAAAGAUGGGACAGAGGCCCAAUCGCAAGUAGCUGGAUCAGUGUACGACCCGUUUGAUCCAUUCGAUUAUAUGUAUAAUACAAACGAAAGCGUUAAUUCGGAUCCGGUAUACGUAGCUGUGGAAAAGUCUGCUAAAUCUCCAGCUUUAUCUCCGGCAGCACCACCACCGUUACCUCCCAGAAAUUCGUCUGCUUGGAACACCAUUGAGAGAAGGAGGACUUCCUUAGAUAGAAGGCAAAAACGACAAACACGAUUGUACGAGAACGUAACAGUGAGAAAAACUAGACCGUCGCUACAAGAUUGCGAUCUUAAAGCAUUUCACGAAAUGAUGAAGUCUGUACGAGGUGAUUUUCCAUUUAAUGAUCCUAGUACGAAUAUUGGACACAUAAUCAGUCCAAUGAUGGAAAACUUAUAUCCCGAAGGUACAAGCAUAAAGUUGGUGGUACAUCCUCAGUUAGUGGAUACCGAUGAAAAUACUCCGUCCAUCUCAUUUACGUGUAACGUGAAUUGCAGCGUUGAACACGUUGUCCUUAACGUCGCCUGUUCUUUAGAAGACGAAGAUACAGUAAAUACAGAAAAAUAUUGUCUAAGAGUGUGGGGAUUGGCAGAGUAUUUUGCUCCCAAUACUACUUUGGCGCAGUAUGAGUACAUUCAUCAAUGUAUUAAAUUAGAGAAGGACAUUGAAUUAGCUAUUCAGACAAAGGCACAAAUUAAACGAUCUAUAGCUCGGACGCUUCAAGAUGAUAAUCGCGAGCAGUGUCUAAGAUUAGAAGAUAUUCUUCCAAAUGAGCCUGUUCAGCCUAUAUCUUACGAAACGCUGUUAAUUUUACUAGAAACUGUGGAGAAAGAAUUGGAACGUGUCGAAACUGCUGCUAUACAAUUAGCGACCACGAACGAUAGUUCACGACUUUUACCGCAGUUACAACCUCGUGGUGUUGUUCAAGCGGUGAAAGCAGUUUGUGCUCUGAUGGGAAAUAUAGAAACAUUUGAGAUCACGGAAGCCGUUGAUAAUUUUGUGAACGCGUGCUGCAAAUUUUUACCCCAAGUUCACACGGCAAAUAUCGAAUGCAAAAAACCUGAGAUCUUACACGAAGAUGGCGACUAUUCUGUCGUGACGUUAAGAACAAAAUUCCCGGACGUAAUUGGUUCCCAUUGUCGCAAAAUCCGUGACGCAAUCCAAGAUCUUGUAGAAACUUAUUGCCACGCAUUUAGAGUUGAUUUCGAAUUAAGCAGCAAAACGGAAUUUCCAACAAACACUCUAAUAUCAUCCGAUGUAUUAGACACUGUAUUAGUACGCGUUGGAGCGUUGCAUAGAUUACCAGGAUUAUGGAAGCAUGAUGAUUAUAUUGUCGCUGCACAAAUAUUUCACGGAACUAGACCCGUUGGAAAUCCAGUUUUGUCCGAACCUAUGGCAGUCAGUUAUAAUUUUUAUCCUAGAAUUUUAUUUAAUUCAUGGUUGGAGUUUCAUGGAACAAGCGUGUGCCAAGUACCAAGAGAAGCUAGAUUGGUGUUAGUCUUGUAUGGUCGCACGUUGCAACCUACGGAACACGAAUCAAAUUCAUCUAUGGAAAACACUAUGCAAAAGGAGGAACUAGGUUGGGGUGCUAUACAAUUCUUUGAUUACGAAGGGGUUAUGAGCCAAGGAAGUUUUUUUUUGUCGUUAUGGCCAGCAAUUGCCGAUAAAAGAUUAGGCCCUGCUCCGACUCCUGGAAUUCAUCCCCAUGGAGAUACACAUCCCAUUAUCGGUUUAGAGUUACCUGAUUAUGGAGGAAAAGUAUUGUUUCCGACGGAACUGAGAGAUUAUGAUGUCGAUUCUCUUGACUUUAAUUCACUGGAUCAAAAUACUCAAGAAUUAUUGAUAGACAUUACCCAGCAAACGACAUUCUCAAGACCGCUCAUUGAAGAAAGAGAAAUAUUAUGGGAGAAACGUCAUUACUUGCACGAUAUACCCGAAGCUUUGCCGAAAGUACUUCUAGCUGCACACAGCUGGGACUGGGCGUGUCUACCAGAUCUUCAUGCAUCCCUUCGAGUAUGGAAUCCUUUGCCUCCGGUACAAGCGUUACAAUUACUAUUGCCUUGCUUUCCAGACAUGAAAGUCAGAGAAAUGGCAGUCGUGUGGAUUCGGGAAUUAAGUAACGAUGAACUCGUCGAUUAUUUACCGCAGUUGCUGCAAGCAUUAAAGCAUGAAACGUACGAGACUUCGCCCCUUACGAGAUUUUUAUUGGAACGUGCGUUACUCUCGCCACGAGUAGCUCAUCAUAUCUAUUGGCUAUUAACGCAAGCAUUACCAGGGCAAAGUCCUCAGAAUUCCGCCGAAGCUACUCCAGAAGAUGACAAAAAUAUUAGCUAUGCGCGUUACCACAGAAGGUUACAAUUGAUGCUAAGAGCAUUGUUGGCCGUGAUUGGCGAUGCACUGAGAAACAGCUUUCUCACGCAACAGCUGCUAGUUAAAAAUUUACACGAAGUAGCAGAAAAUAUAAAACAAACAAAGGAGUCGUUACGACUAGAUACGCUAAAAGUUGGUUUGCAAAAUAUACACUGUCAAUUAAUGGAAGACGAAGGUACGUGUCUACCGUUGUCGCCCAGCAAACAAAUAUUUGGUAUAAACGUGCAAACCUGUUCGUACUUUCCAUCGUUCACUCUUCCAUUGAAGAUCAAUUUCAUUAGCAGCGACGAUGUUAUUUGUCCAGCGAUUUUUAAGGCUGGCGAUGAUUUGCAACAAGAUAUGCUAACUCUUCAAAUGGUUCGUAUCAUGGAUAAACUUUGGCUAAAAGAGGGCCUAGAUUUAAAAAUGGUGACGUUUGCCUGCGUGCCUACUGGUCACAAACGUGGAAUGAUAGAAAUGGUUGUGGACGCAGAAACGCUGAGAAAAAUACAAGUCGAAUUUGGACUAACCGGUUCCUUCAAGGAUCGUCCAAUCGCCGAAUGGCUGGCAAAGCACAAUCCUUCGGAGCUGGAGUACGAAAGAGCCGUCGAAAACUUUACCGCAUCUUGUGCGGGUUACAGCGUAGCCACGUAUAUAUUAGGAAUUUGCGAUAGACACAACGACAAUAUCAUGCUAAAAACAUCGGGCCAUUUGUUCCAUAUUGAUUUUGGAAAAUUCUUAGGCGACGCGCAAAUGUUUGGUAACUUCAAAAGAGAUAGGACACCAUUUGUAUUGACUUCUGACAUGGCAUAUGUUAUAAACGGUGGAGAUAAACCGUCAGCCAAGUUUCAUCAUUUUGUGGAUUUGUGUUGUCAAGCGUUCAACAUUGUACGAAAACAUGGAAAUCUUAUUCUGCAUCUUUUUGGUUUGAUGACUUCGUCUGGUAUUCCCGGCGUGACCGUUGAUGCGGUUAGUUACGUACAAAAAGCUCUUCUUCCUGAUCAAACGAAUCCUGAGGCAGCGGCUACCUUUGCACGAAUGAUCGAAAGCUCAUUGAAAAGCUGGUUCACGCAGUUCAAUUUCUUCUUGCAUAAUUUGGCACAAUUGAGAUUUUCAGGCGACCAUAAUGACGGAACGUUGUUCUCGUUCAUUCCACGCACAUACACAAUGCAACAAGCAGGCCAGUUAACGAGCGUCCAAGUGCACGGGUAUCAGAAACGAUACGAUCCUGAAAAAUAUUACAUGUAUAUUCUACGCAUACAGCGACAGGGUCAUGCAGACCCUACUUAUUUAUUCCGAUCGUACAAAGAAUUCUGCGAAUUUUAUCAGAAACUGUGCAUCCACUUCCCACUCGCUAAAGUUGCUAGCUUGCCAAGUGGUCUAAGCGUUGGGAGAUCCAAUAUAAAACAAGUCGCCGAUAAACGUCGAGCAGAUAUUGAAAAAUUUCUUGUGAGUUUAUUUAAAAUGGCUCCAGAAAUUUCACAGAGUGAUUUAGUAUAUACAUUUUUUCAUCCUCUACUAAGAGACCAACAAAAUGCUGAUAUUCAUUUACGUAAAGUGAAAGUUGGCAAUUGGUGGACUGAGAAGAGGGUCAGAGACAACGUACAAAGCGGACAAAUUAAAAUGUCGCUUCACUAUACUCGAGGAACAUUUUAUGUAAUGAUCCAUCAUGCGAGGGGUCUACCUAAAGUUGCUAACGGUCAAGAACCAAAUACGUAUGUGAAAGUAUAUCUUAAACCCGACCCAACAAAAAAAACGAAACGAAAAACAAAAGUCGUGAAGAAGAAUUGCCAUCCUUCGUUCAUGGAAAUGUUGGAAUACAGGAUGUCUUUGGAUGUUAUUAAAGAAAGAACAUUAGAAGCCACGAUAUGGAACCAUGACACUCUUCAAGAAAAUGAAUUCCUCGGUGGAAUACGUUUGCCUCUUGGGCGUUUAGAAUUAAUCAAUGAAAUAAUCGAAUGGUUUUCGCUAGGAAGUAUUCGAUGAAGGAACCUAUGGAAACUUCAAAAUCAUAUAAAUGCUCACGAAAGAUAAAUCUAUAAAUUUCAACUUUAUCGCACAAUACUAACGAUGGUAUAUCUAUCAUACACACGUCAAUAGUACAACAAAAGGAUAGUUUCUAUGAUAUCAUUACAAACAUUGACACAUGCUUUCGUGUUUGGUGAAAAUGCUUUUUAAAACAAGUUAGACAAUGUACUAAAAUUUGUGGAAACAAAAAAUAGGCGUAUUUCAUACAAUUGUUCCGCCUUUGGAAAAGCAGUUAAAAUGUUGGAAACAACUUCUUUAUCCUAAUGCCUAAUCAUAAAAGUAUUCUAGAAAUCGUGUAGCUUCUAUAUCUACGAGUAUACUAUAAAAUUAAUUGGUCCCAUAAUGAUAAUUUUACUAGUGAAAUUUUAUAAGAAUGUUUAUUUAUUCUACUUCUGCCAAGAAAUAAUCUCUGCCAAUUGUAAAUAGAUACGAAAUAACUUACGGUAUUGUAGCGAAUUGAAUACGAUGAUUCCUAAAUAGAUGUGUUAAACACUAUAAAAUUUAUAUACGUAUAUUUUUAUUCAAAUAAUGUUUUCACUCAAGGUAUCAUCAAACAAUACUUUAGCAUAAUUACAAUAUUAUACGAAGCUCUGUUAAUCCUGUUGCUCUAUCAAUAGAGCAUUUGACGCAACUUUAAUUGCGUUCUGAGCUUCUGAAAUGAACCGGUCAACUUUGAGAUGGUAUCAUUAAAAUGUGGGUCUAAUAAGGACCCGAUACAAAACUAACGAACCAUUAUUAUCCAUGGGCACCAUCGACCACAUAUAAAACAGGCACUUAAACAACCAGCAUACUGGGAACGAGCAUAGAAUACAAUUUGAGAAAGAUUCAACAAUUGUGAACACUGCAAAAAUUACACAACAUGUUAACCAUUUUUUUGUCGUCUUUGCUUGGGCUCUCUAGAGCUUUCGUAGAGCAAUAUGCAGGGUACACGAAUCCAAAGAUAUUGCAAAUUAAUUGCUGUCCAACACCAAACACUAGAUAAAUAUUUAAAAACACUGCAGAGCCUAAAAAGAGAUAGGUCCUGUUGACCCUGGUUUAUUUCUCGAUUUUCGCAAGAUACUUUGUCCAGAGUUUACUCUCGUUGCGCAAAGUUUUAUCUAAAGAAUCUUUAACUACAGCAAGCCUCGCUAUUUUGUUAACGAAAAAAAUAACACAAUUUUUACUUUCAUAUGAAAAUUUGAAAUUAUACACAAAAAUAAUAACUAUCUUUCGAUAUACAAUAACAAGAUUCUAUAUGAAAAAUGUUAUACAUGUAACUCUAUUCUAUACAUCUUUUAUGCAAGAAAGGAGAAGGAAGUUAUGUAAAUAUGCUUUUGCACAUGCCAAUAGCUUCGCAAUUAUUUUUCAUGCAUUGUGAAUAUUUGAACAUUGUUUCUUUUUUAACUAAGCACAGAGCUAUUUUAACGAAAAUGAAGGUUCAUAUUAAUACAUUAUUGACGUGUAUAUUCUGGAAAUUCAUUUGACAUUACAAAACAUAACGAUAUUUUUGUAGUAUCUUUACUGUAUAAAGAUUUUAAAUUCCUGACUUACCUUCACUGCGAGAUGAAGGAUUUUACUAUCGCAGUUGUGACGCAGAAUCAUUUAUAUUAUGAAACACACAACAUCCAUACAUAUGCUUAAUCUACUCUUUUGUUGCUCGUGCAUUAAUAUAAUUAAUUUCAAUUUUAAUUUUUAUUGUAAAUAUUUAUUGUACGCAGCGAGUUCAUUUAGUAGUACAACACGACGUUCUUUCUUACCGGUUAAAUAGACCCUGAUAUUAUAUUUAUAAAGAAAAUCAUUGUCAAUACCUAAGUCUUUAGCUUUUGCAUUAUUUUUCUAAAAUAAUCGUCAAUUACAAUGCUUUUGCAUAUGCUUCUCGUCUACAAUUACUUGUAAGAUCAUACAAAAUGUUAGUAAAUUAUUUGUCAAUCACGUUGAUCAUACACAAAACGCAACCGAUUCUAUGAGAUACAAAAAUACAAGAAACAUAUUAUUGCAUUUCGAUGGGAGUUUUAAAGUAUUACGCACGAAUCUUCUAGCACAAUACAACGCAUAAUUCCGACGAUUUAUUAUUUACUUCUUAAUUUGUAAUGUGACAUUAAAAGCUACGUAAUAAAUUGUCUUGUUGUAUUUAGUA